AUGGCGGCGGCGGUGGCGACGCAGCAGCGCAAGUACCAGUGGGGCGAGCUCGCUGACGAUGACGGCGCAGGCGACCUCGGCCUCCUCCUCCCGCCGCGGGUCGUCGUCGGGCCCGACGCGGGCGGCCUCCGGAGGGUGAUCGAGUACCGCUUCGACGACGAGGGCAACAAGGUCAAGGUCGUCACCACCACCCGCACCUGCAGCCUCGCGCGCGCGCGUCUCUCCAGGAGUGCCGUCGAGCGCCGCUCGUGGGCCAAGUUCGGCGACGCCGUCAAGGGGGACGACGCCGGCUCGCGCCUCACCAUGGUCUCCACCGAAGAGGUCCUCCUCGAGCGCCCACGAGCCCGAGGGAAAAGGGCCGAGGAACCGUGUACUUCUGAUGAUCCACUGGAUAUGGCAAGUACAACAAGUGGCAUUCUCAUGGUUUGCCGAACAUGUGGGAAAAAGGGUGAUCAUUGGACGUCGAAGUGCCCCUACAAGGACCUUCCUGCACAGACACAAGGUCUUGUCGAUGUUCCUUCUACUGCUGAUGGCCUGGCAGCACCACGUGGUACUGGUGUGCGAGCAUAUGUUCCUCCAAACAAGAAAGAAGGUGCUGAUACAAGUGGAGCAAGUAUGAUGAAGAGAAGGAAUGACGAGAACUCUAUCCGUGUGAACAAUCUCUCAGAGGACACCAGUGAGUUCGACCUCUUUGAGCUCUUCUCCAAGUUUGGCCCUGUAAACCGUGCCUUCGUCGCAAAGGAUAGGAGGACUGGAUCAAGCAGGGGCUUUGGCUUUGUCAACUUCGUUCGUAGAGAGGAUGGUGAGAAGGCUAUCAGCAAGCUCAAUGGGUAUGGUUAUGAUAACCUUAUCCUCCGAGUUGAGUGGUCAGAAAAGAAGAACUAG